AUGUUAUCCUCUAAAUCUGUUAUGAACUUGGCGCGGGACGUGAAAUCAGCCUCGCUCAAAGAACGAGAAAAGGCUGUCGAUGAGCUGGCUAGUCUUCUCAACCCGCGGAAUCGAUCUGCGAAUCUUUCCGACCUUGGCGACAAAGGCUACCAUGAGAUCUUCGAAUCCAUCUUCAGCUUUGUGAUGCGCGAGAAGCCCAAUCUACGCAAUAAAUCAAAGUCACAAGCCACGUCGAAUGCUGCUGCAUCCCGUCUCUCGAAAUGUGCCGCCGCUGUGCGGAUGGCAGCAGGACGCGGCGUGUCUAAGCUCGGACGAAAGACAUUACUUGCAGUCGUGGAUCACAUCACCCAAACUCUAGGGCAGAAAGAUGACUUCGUACCUCCGUUACUUCAGGACUACAUCAAAGCGUUGACCGAGGUGCUCUCACGACCAGCCCAUGUAGAGAUGCUCGCUCGGAGAGAUGGCGAGAAAUGGGAAGAGUGCGUUGACUUUCUCCUCGACGUUGCUCAGUUCAUGCUCCCAGAUGGAGAAGAAGCUACCGCUCUGACGUUGGCCCGGGGAUCCCCAGCUCCAGGAUCGGGAUACGGCCGGUCUACUGGACGUUCGACUCCAUCGACUCAGAGUCAAAGAAGGGUCGCUCCCGGAGAAGGCGGUCCUUUGAAAGAUGUACUGGAAGGGCUGUAUCAUCUGGUCACCGCCGGCAAUGCGCCGUUGCUGCGACGAUACACGGAGAUCACUGAGGUGGUGCUGAGAGUCUUGAGCUUGAAGCAGCUCAGUCUUGGCUCAUUGCAGACCCUGGCAUUUGCCAUCAUCAAUGUGCUUUUCUCAGAAACCCAUGCCGACGACCUAGCACAUUCGUGCUCAAUGGUGCAAAACCUCCUGCCGUUGAUGAGCUACUGGUGGCGAUCUGAAAAAGUUUCGCAAGACGAAGUCAUCAGGGCGUUGAGAAUCGAGAUCUCUAGGAGUAUCUUUCUCACGCACCUGCACAUCGAGCAUCUCGUCAUCAACUCAUCAGAUGAAGGCAUCCGCCUGGAUGUCGAAGACCUAGUCGAGAACCUUUGGAGUGAGUACUCCAAGCGCAGUGAAGCCUUUCGGUUACAGCUGAACGACAUUACCUUCUCUACAUCCUCUCUUUCGAAAUAUGGCCUUCAACUGGAUGUUUUUGGACUGCGCUCUCACAAUGUGUAUGGAGAAGGCCACUGGGCGGUUGUGCAGAAUCUGGCAUUCCUUGAACGUAUCAUGCUACUUUCCAACGAGAAACAUCAAGAAGCAGCCCCGGAACAUGACGAGCAGCGGCGGAAGAGGCGCCGUAUCCGCCUCGACAUGAGUCGUAUCAGACUCAAGUUGAAGCUCACCGAUGUAGCGGUUCGACGAACAGCCCUACAACUGGUCCCGUUUCUUCUUGCAAGUAACUCGCUAAGCCGUGACGAGUUGCUCGACUUGUUACCGGACUUGGUAGCUUUGGCGAGUGACAAAAACCCCGUAACAGCAUCUUGGGCCCUCGUCGCCUCAGCCAGUUGUAUAUCCUAUUGCGAGGACUGCCACGACCAAACAGACAUUUGGCGACAGCUAUGGCAUUUAGCUACAAGGUCUAUCAGUCUACCAGGCACAAGUCGGGCGGCCUGUGUUCUGCUGCAUGCCAUUCUCGAGGCAGAUGUCUUGCCAUAUCACACCGUGUCUGAGGAUGUCAACAGCAUUGUCACAACUGCCGGCGUCAGCGGCCCCAGCGUUUUGUGUGAUGCGUCUAUCAGCCUGAUGUUUCAUGUACUUCAUCUUCGGAAUGCUAGGAUCCCAAGUGCCAGCCAAAGCACUUGCCAUCACAUGAUCCGUUGGAUAUUUCUCCGAUGGAACCCAAACGAAUCCACUUUCGCUUCCUAUCACUCUCUACACGUCCAGCCUAUAGAGCUUGUGAACCUGGUCCGGGCUUGCUGCGGGACUUCAGAGUUGAAGCUGGUUACUCAAACGGUCACCUCAGGAGGCCCUCUGAGUGAAACAUGGAACUCGUUGGGCGAGAUUGAAUCAUUCAGUCGAUACAUACUCCUUCUUAAGGACACAUCAGAAAAGUCCAAGACUGCUGGUUGCUGUACCUAUUUUCAGUCAACGAACCCUCCACCACUGGCCGAUGCCAACACUCGUUACGCUUCUAGGAAGCUAACACUUGAGCUUUUCUAUCCCAAGCUCGGCGAACUAGCCGAACUUUGCACAGCCUGGACCAAGAGAAUGAAUGAAGGUGGUGUGCAGAUUUCGAUCGAUCGCUUUCAGAGCCUCCUCUCGGCCUGCUUGACGGGCACCCUGUUGCUUUCGCAGAUCAGCGACCUCAACUCAACCCAGUCCUCAUCUGUGGAGUCUACUCUGAUGGAGAUUCUAGAGAAAGGACUGGAUGCUGCUCUGACAUCUGUUGAACCCAUGGCGUUCGCCGAUUCUGUCCUGCGCGCAGUGAGGCCCAUGAUGCCCGAUCUGACCACAGCGAAUCUCAACCAGAUGCAGGGGAACAACGCUGGUCUCUUGCGUCUGUUAGCAAAGGUUUGGUCCGUGAUCGAGGACCGAAAGAGCCAGCAAAGUUCCGGGAACGACGUCGAUUUGAUGGAUAUUGACGAAGAGUUUGAGUCGCAGAGUAGUAGAGCGAGCUCUAUUUUGACACCAGCAGCGAUUCCACGGUUCAAUAUCCAACUACGGAUGGAUGCUCGGGCAUUUUACACAGAGACCAAAGCUCGGCUCCAGUUUCUGUCUAUUCUCAACGACGAUAUUGGUCAGAUCGGCCUCGUCCCUGAUGCCUUCGUCGAGCACCUGAUCAACAUGCCCGAUGAUGAACUCCUGCUGUGUCAAAACUUGUUGUUCGAGAUUUUCAACUCUGAUCUCAUCAUUACCCCAGACAAUGCCCUGGCUGUGAUUGAAAGACUGGGAGAAUGUGUCAGUGAGAGGGACUACCAGUAUGCCGAGGUUGCCCUGAGUACUUGCAUCGGGGUUAUUGAUGGUCUUCAUUCUAUCUGGCUGAACGACACACGUCAGCUCUCGGACAGAGUUGGCGACCUUUACUAUCACUUCGUCAAAGUGUGCCUUCCAUCAAACAUGCUCUCGGCCAGAACCCAGAUAUCGAUGGUUCGAUUGCUAUUCACCAUUCUGCGGGCCAACUCGGACUAUGGCAAGGAUCAAGGUCUGGACUCCUCCCGAACCUGUCUUCUCUACAUCCUCAAGAACGGCCCCAUGUCUGUCAAGUAUGCUAUUUCCGAAAAGAUUGCUGACGUUUUCGAUCUCUUCAUUCUCAAACUCCACGAUGAAAUAUUCGUGGACGUUUUGGACAACCUGCCUACCGACCCUGCCGACACUACGGGCAUUGCCUUUCGACUGUUGGUGUUGUCAAACCUCGCCUGUCGAUGGUCCACUUUGCUUCGGAGAUGUACCUACCAUAUAUUUGAAACCCCGGGGAAGAUACCAGCCUCUACAGAGUAUGCAACUCGUUGCUUGCUUAACGUGUCUCGAACCCUGCAACUGGAAUCUCCCAAGGUCUUGUUCCGGCUGUUCUCUCGUCAGUUGCUGUAUACUUGGCUAGAGUGUGAUCCUAUCGAGGACAUUCCAUUCUCCAUAUUCGGGUUCUCAACAUUGGGUGACCUUCUCAAAUCCGCCCAAGCUGAGGCUAUUGGGUUGACCGUCAUGCGUGGGCAAGACGAGGCGUCUGCAGAAGUUGCUCGCUUACUGGGAACCUCCGAAAGCGACCUUAUCCGUGAAAACUUUGCGACUGCUAUGGCCUACAGCAUGAUUUUCGGCGACUCAAAUGGAGGCGAUGACAAGGAGAGGGGCGAGGCUCAUAUCAAGAAGGUCCUUGGCCGCCAAUUAUAUCUUGAAGCGAUGUACCUCGACUUCCUCGGAGUUGGGGCCCUCUUCUUUGAUCUCAUUGACCAAGAAAAUUCUAUGGAGAAGGUCUUUGCGAGAUUCAAACUUGACUAUGCUGGAGAAAUCAUGAGUGCUAUCAAGGCCAUUUCUCACUCUCCUGCCGAGUUGCCAGCCAACCAACAACCAAUGUUCAAGGCAAAGUAUCUCAUCAACGAGCUUCACAGGCUCUGCCAGAGCAGCGAGUUCCAGUUCCAUGAUCUUUGGUCGCCCCCUGUGGUUGUUUUCAUCGCUCGCACGCUCCUCAACACCGUGCAUCCUGCUCUGGGGCCCCUUCAUGCCUGUUCUGUCCUCCGCAAAGUCAGGAUGUUGAUCUGCCUAGCUGGCCCGGUUGCUCUGGAAUCGUAUCCUUUGGAGAUGUUGCUAAACGCGACCCGUGAGUUUAUAGUGGAUUCAGAAUGUGCGGAUGAUGCCUUGGGGAUCAGCCAGUAUCUCCUUGCCGAAGGCGCAAAGCAUCUCAGCACAAACCCCUCGUUCCUUGCUGGCUAUGCAUUAUCAACCCUGGCUUCCCUUCGCGUCUUUUUGGAAUCAAGCCAGUCCAGCACGACACAGGAGAGUCAAUUCAAAGCCACCAUGAGCAAGGCUGAGAAGUUCCAUGGGUGGUUCAGCAAGUACCUGGAAGAAUACGACUCUCCGAUGUUUAAGAAUCUCGAACAGCGCGAGGCUUUCAAGUCAAUCACACAAUCUGCCGCCCAUAUCCGGUCUUCGGGCAACGCCGAGCGAGGCACUGCAGAGAGCAAGCUGCUGCUGGACAUCUUGGAUGAUGGUGGCUCGGAAUACCAACUUCUUAAUGACACUUCGCGUCAGCUCGCUCUUGGCCUUCUCUGCGGUGACUUCAGUAUCCCCCUAUCGAGCAGGGACGACAUCAUUGAAUCCGACCAGGAUGCGCUCAAGCAUGCCGCGGCUGUGUGGAAGAGCUGCGAUACGCAAAACCUGAGCGAUGAGUAUCUGGCAUGGGCAGGGCGAGUAGUUGGCCGAUCCUUCUCGGCAUCAGGCGGGAUUCCUACAGACAUCCUUCGCGAGUCACAUCUUGCUCGUUACCAAAAGAUUGCACCGGAUUCUAAUGGCUCAGAAAUUGGGAUCCUUCGUCUUCUGCAGGAUUUGACUUCAAGCACCGACUCUGUGACAGCAGGGUUGGCUGAAGCAGCGCUACGAACCGCCGUCUCCGAUUCUAUCAUGAAUGGUGACGAUACACUGAUUGUGGCUUGUCAACAAGGCCUCUCAGAGUCCCUUCUACAGACAUCCCAGUUGGGUCCAUACCGGUCUCCCCCGUCUGAUAAAAGAGCUGGAACUCCUACAUCGUCGAUAGAUGAGCAGGCUGUAUGGGCGGAAGACAUCACGUCAAAGAACUGGCUGCCGAACCUGAGCGCCUAUAUGGCCAAGUGUGUUGAGGAAUCCAUCAUGCUCAAGAUUCUGCCCCCUAUUCUUGCCAAAGUUGAGCACUUCGCUGAGAGUGCAUUCCCGUUUGUUGUUCAUCUUGUCCUCUCCUCCCGGAUCAACCAGCAGACAUCUCUCAAGCGUCAGCUAUCUUCUUCUAUCAAGGAGUGGCUUCAAUGCACAGCGCCUGCAGCCAAGGACAACUUGAAGUUGCUCAUCAACACCCUCCUGUACCUCAGGACCCAGGAGUAUCCAAGAGAAUCAUCAAUCGCUGAUCGAUCACAUUGGCUCAACAUCGACUAUGCCCUGGCCUCUGCGUCGGCAUCGCGAUGUGGAAUGCACAAGACAGCCUUGCUCUUUGCUGAACUCGUUUCAUCCGAAACUACGCGGUCCUCUCGUCGGUCUUCGGCAGCGGCAGCGAAGGAAACUGACAUGAGCGAGACUCUACUCACAAUCUUUGAAAACAUUGAUGACCCCGAUGCUUACUAUGGACUGCCAGAGGAGGCCAGCCUCUCAAAGGUUCUCGCUCGCGUUGAGUAUGAAAACGAUGGGCCCAAGAGUCUAGCAUUCAGAGGUGCUCAAUAUGACAGCAACAUUCGUCUCGGUAAUCCUAUUGCGCAGUCCGAUGGACAAGCUUUGGUUAAGGCCCUGAGCACGCUUGGCUUGUCUGGGCUCUCAAACUCUCUACUUCAAGUACAGCAGAACCUGGAAUCAUCGCCGGCUUCUCUUGAGAGUACCUUUAGCACAGCAAGAAAGUUAGAAAUCUGGAAUCUGCCUGCCCCGAUGAGCAAUCAUCAUGCAGUCACUGUUUACAAAGCCUACCAGAGCAUUCAUCAGGCGACAGACAUUGGAGUUGUUCGAACGGCCGUACAUGAUGGCUUUACCCGCACCAUGAGCAGCUUGACAGCACAUGGUCUCAAUGCGACAGCCUUGAGGAAACGACUGGGAGCACUAGCCUCCCUGACCGAGCUAGAUGACGUCCUCGGCGUCUCUGACACCGCGGAAAUGGAGAGCAUUCUCAGCAAAUUCAAGAGCCGAAGUAACUGGAUGCGAAGCGGACUUUACGACAGUGUUAGUCAGAUCCUGUCUUGUCGUGGAACUACCAUGAGCAUGGUCAGCCAGCAGCACGCCCUUCGAAGCAACCUGAAGCUUUCUGCGGCUGCAGCAAGACAAAUGGAGGUGGAAUCGAUGAUUACGGCAUCUGGCGUCUAUCGGUAUCACCAGGCGACUCAGGAGAACUUGAACUUAUCUACCAGCCUCACCAACCUCAUUGCACCUUGUGCUUCACUGGAUCUCCAUGUGGAUGCCGCAAUCAACAUUGAAGCCGCCAACUCUCUCUGGGACUAUGGGGAGAUGAGCACAUCUAUUCGCAUGCUUCAGAGCAUUGAAAGGGACUCUUCUCUCCAGAAGCAGACUAUCCCGGUCAGUCGCUCUGACUUGCUUUCAAAAAUUGGUUUCCAGGUCUCUGUUGCUCGCCUCGAGAAGCCGCACGACAUUCAAAAGAAGUACCUAGAGCCGGCCUUGAAGGAACUUAAGGGCAAAGGUCAAGGACGGGAGGCUGGCAUGGUUUACCACCAGUUUGCCAUGUUCUGUGAUCAGCAGCUCCAGGAUCCUGACGGGCUAGAAGACCUAACAAGACUUCAGGGGCUGAAGAAGGCCAAGAGCGAUGAAGUGUCGGAACUCAAGUUGCUGAUCUCCACCACGAGGGACUCUCAAUUGAAGAACCGAUACUCGCAUGUGCUGAACAAGGAAAAGCAGUGGCUAGACCUUGAUGAGCAAGAGCUGCGACGAGUUGAGCACACUCGUAGCGAGUUUGUGCGUCUGAGUCUCGAGAACUACCUCUUGUCUCUCAUCGCUUCCGACGAACACAAUAACGAUGCACUGCGCUUCACAGCUCUUUGGCUCGAGCGAUCAGAAGAGGAGAUGACCAACAAAGCAGUCAUGAAGUCUGUUUAUGACGUGCCAACAAGAAAGUUUGCAGGGCUCACCAACCAGCUGACAUCCCGACUCCAAGAUAAUGACACUGCCUUCCAAAAGAUCCUUCUGGAGUUGGUGUACAAGAUUUGCGUGGACCAUCCCUACCACGGUAUGUACCAGAUUUGGUCAGGAACCAAGGCAAAGGCCCAGCAGAAGGACGAGGUUGCAGUCAAGCGUGUCAAAGCUACAGAUCGAGUGGCCAAGCGACUCGCCGAGACGCAAUCCGUGGCCAGCAUCUGGCUCUCCAUCGAUAAGACGAGCAAGUACUACCAUGCUCUGGCCAUGGAUCGCAACCCAAACAAGUACAAGUCGGGUGCCAAGAUCGCACUGAGAGAUUCAACUCCAGGCCACAACCUUGUCAACUGCUUGGCCAAGUACCGCAUCCCUUCUCCAACCAUGCACAUUGAGCUUUCUGCAACCAAGGACUACUCAAAGGUGCCCAUCAUCUCCAAGCUGGAACCGACCAUGACGAUUGCCUCGGGCGUCAGUGCACCCAAGAUCAUUACGGCACUUGGGAGUGAUGGUGUGCGGUACAAGCAGCUUGUCAAGGGUGGACACGACGACCUACGCCAAGAUGCAAUCAUGGAACAGGUCUUUUCGGCUGUGUCGUCUCUACUGAAGCUUCAUAGGACAACCCAGCAACGCAAUUUGGGUAUCAGGACGUACAAGGUGCUCCCGCUCACGGCAUCUUCUGGACUGAUCGAGUUUGUCCCCAACACGGUACCACUUCACGAAUUCCUCAUGCCUGCGCACGAAAGGUACUAUCCUAGAGACCUGAAGGGCUCUCAAUGCCGUAAGGAAAUCUUUGGAGUCCAAAGCCGGACAGUCGAGACUCGUAUCAAUACGUAUCGCAAGGUUACGGAAAAGUUCCACCCGGUCAUGAGGUACUUCUUUAUGGAGCACUUCAUGGAUCCCGAUGAGUGGUUUGUCAAGCGGCUGGCAUACACAAGGAGCACAGCGGCGAUAUCCAUGCUUGGUCAUGUCCUUGGUCUUGGUGACCGACACGGUCACAACAUUCUCCUGGAUCACAAGACUGGAGAGGUUGUCCACAUCGAUCUGGGUGUGGCUUUCGAAGCUGGUCGCAUCCUGCCCGUGCCAGAGCUGGUCCCUUUCAGGUUGACAAGAGAUAUCGUGGACGGAAUGGGCAUCACUAAGACAGAAGGCGUCUUCCGAAGAUGCUGCGAGUUUACUCUAGACGCCCUGCGAGAAGAGCAAUACUCCAUCAUGACUAUUCUCGACGUGUUGCGUUACGAUCCCCUCUACACUUGGUCCAUCUCGCCACUGCGCCUCGCAAAGCUACAGAAGGCAAGGCACAAUGACGACGGCGUCAUGGACGAUGAGCAAAGCGAAGCAGAAACGAAGAAGGGCAAGAAGACGGGAGGCCAUAUCAACGAGCCCUCUGAGGCCGACCGUGCCUUGGAGAUUGUGAGGAAGAAGCUCUCCAAGACCCUGAGCGUGACAGCCACGGUCAACGAUUUGAUCAACCAAGCGACGGAUGAGCGGAACUUGGCAGUUUUGUAUUCUGGAUGGGCGGCAUAUGCUUGA